AUGGAUUCCAUAGAAGACAAGGAGUUCAGCCUUGCACUGCAGAUUAACAAUUUCAAAGCAGCCUUGGUGGAGUUCAAUAAAUUGGUUGAACAGACAACAGCCCAAAAAAAGGAUGAAAGAGCAGGCUUGUUUAUCCCAAAAGAAGAGGCAAUCGAUUACGAGAAGUUUUAUGCCACAGUGCAGCAGCUCUUUGGCCCUGAAGUGAAAAAUCAAGAUGUGAAAUGUUUUUACAGGAAACUCUGCAACAACCCUGAUGCAUCUUUCGACUGGUGUGAGAUCUUCGGCUAUUUCUCCUCUGAAGAAGAUCCUCUUGCUUCGCAGCUGGAUGAAGAAAAUUUGGUUUUCCUUGUGUCCAGAAAACAGCGAAUUGUGAUUUCAGGCAGUAGAAGACGAGAUGUGAUCAAAUGCAUUGUGAAGGUCCCACAGUUGGAUUUAUUGAUAACGGCAUCUCAGAAAGGAUUGAUAACAGUCUUUAACAGUCAGAUGAGAGUUCAGACCAGCACCAAUGUUACAGAUACCUCCUGGAUUACGGGCUGCGAUUACUUGGGCCAGCUAAAGCGAAUCGUUGCCACCACAGAGAGGACCAUUAUCGUCUGGGAUUAUAAAGCUCAAGGGAACAGCCAGGAGCACUAUUUUGUCAUCAAGCCCAUGGACCACUGCCUGCUGUGUGUGUGCGUGGUGCCCCUCCCUGACCAGCUCUGCAGGGAUGACAUCCUCCUGGGGGAUGAUGGUGGGUUUGUGAACAGGUUCACUGUAAACAGCGAUGACUUCGGAUUAAGGCAGGCAAAAACAAAGAAGAAAUUACAAACCCAGGUCCUAGACUCUAAGAAUUUUAAAAGCGUUAAAAGGAAGCUGCAUAAUGAUUGGGUUAUGAAAAUUAGAUACAUUCCAGCUCUCAAUUGCUUUGGAUCCUGCUCCUUGGACAGUGUCCAUUCAUUAGUUUUGGAAUCCUUGAAGAGACUUGAGGACAAUAUGCCUGUCAGAGAAUUUGCCAUGCCUAGAGGAGCCAACACUUUCUGCUACUGCGUGAAAGCGAACGUAAUUGUGACUGGAGGAGAUGAUAAAGUCCUCCGGCUGUGGCACCCCAAUAUCAGCACUAAGCCCGUUGGGAAGCUGGUGGGGCACAUGUUCAGCAUCACAGAGAUCGUAAGCAACGAGAAAGAGCAACACGUCAUCAGCCUUUCCUCCGCAAAGGUCUUCCGGGUGUGGGAUAUACAGACUCUAUCAGUAUUGCAAGUCUUCCAUGACAGCCAAGGAGGGCCAGGAGACAUGCAGAUUUAUUCUAUGGUGUAUGAUGCCAACCAUGGCAUGCUCAUUACAGGAUCGAGUGUUAUAGACAUGUAUCCUUUGACCAGGAUGAUACAGGACACAAAGCAGGUUCCUCACACUCACGAACGAGAAAUCAAUGUCAUGCUUUACAACAAAUACUUCCACCAAGUGCUCACUAUCUGCUCAGAGUCUAUAAUCAAGGUAUGGGAACUUGAGACUGGCCUCCAAAUAUACCAGAUUCUAGACCCUCAUGGCUUCAAUAUUGAACUAACCUGUGCAGCUAUUGAUGAGAGUGGAUUUCUUUUUGCCACAGGAGCAUAUAAUGGAACAGCUAAGAUCUGGGACUUUGGCAGUGGGCAGGAGAUGAAAAUGCUGACUGAAGGGAAAGACUGGGUAGAGGACGAACAUGGCCUGCUGCGCCUGUUUUUCCUCAAGGCCCAGGUGAAGCACCAGUAUCUUGUCCUUGCCCUGGAGCGCAAUGGGACUGUCAAGCUAAUCCAGGGAAAAGAGGAUGAUCUCUUCCUUGCGGUGAUAUGGGAGCUACCUGAUGCCAUGCCUUACCUACAGUAUGGGAGCCAUAUUGUACAUCUGAAAAUGUCAACGAAAGAGAGGGUGAUGGCCAUUCCUUUCCCAGAUGUUGAGUUAAUCGUCCAGAAAAGCUUUGCUCAACAAACUAAUAAUAAUCCUGCUGUCGAUGUUGAGGUCAACUGCAUUGAUUUGUUUCAAACAGAGGGAUAUAAUUUGAUAGCAUGUGGAACCUUAAAUGGCAUGAUUAUCUUAUGGAACUUUAUAACAGCUUCUGUUAAAGAAAUAUAUCGGCCUGAGGACUGCUUCUCUACAGACCCUGACUUGGACCCCAAACGCUUUCGGAUUAAUGACAUAAUGUUCCUUUUCCGACCUCCUGACUGUGUAAGGAGAUCAAGUCAGGAUUCCAUCUGCUCGUCAACCCAGUGUGACUCAAGCAAAGGUCCGCAGAGCAGCAAGGGAAGUAAACAGAGUAUACAUGACACGGAGGUCAAAGGUGAGCAAACAGACAUGGUGGGAGAGCAGCAGCCAGUGAGCAGAAAACAGCCCACCCCCACUAGCUCCAUGGAAACACAGCCUCCUAUCCUGGUCACUGCACACGAGGAUGGACAUCUCCGCUUGUGGACGUUGGAGGGGAAGCUUCUGAAAGACAUACUGCCCUUCACAAAGCACUCAGCCAUUUCCCUGACGUCACUAUACACUGAUUCGUGCUGCAGGACACUGCUGGCCGGGAAUGUGGAAGGACACGUUAUCCUUUGCAGUAUUAGUUCCUUUUUGGAUGCACCUCAUGAUGAAAAGAAAUUCAAGCAGCUGCUUUCCUGGCGUGCCCACUCUUUAGAAAUUAUUCAAGUGAUCUAUGUGGAAGACAAGCAGCUGGUGCUUACCGCCUCCAUUGAUGGCUCAGUGAGGCUCUGGCAUUCUAACAGCGGUCAUUACUGUGGCUAUUUCGGACAACGAAGAAUGUUUGAUUUAACUCUAACAACUGAUGUCAUUUUGCCUUGUGAUGUUAAUGAAUAUCCCAUAGAGAUAAAAGAAGAAAGCAAGUUCACAGAGAAGCAGCAGAAAUAUGAAUAUCCUCUGAUAUUUGACCGUGAAAGAUGGAAAAAAAUGAGCUCAAUGUCUUUGCUUUUCAAACGCACACCUCCCAAGCCCUUUGAAGUGCAACACGAUUUUAAAUUUUUCAAGUCUCUUUCUUCUCCGAAGAUUCGCCGGUAUGCUUUGGAAGGUUUCAUGACAGAAAACAGAGAGGCGGGGAUUGUUUUUGGUUCUCUGCCUAUAUACAGGGUUCCGAGUCCCACAAGCCUAAGGUUCCUUCCACUCAUUGGCUCUGAAGCGCAGAGAGAUUCGGUAGAGGGUGUUCAUGGGAGGAAGAAGGGCACUCAUGUUCAACACGAUAAAUCACGGAGGAAAAGCCUGAAAAGAAAUCUCGUCCCACAAAUAAAUCUGGCUUCGUCCUUCUUCCCAGUCAUGCCCAAGUGAAGAGGAGCCUCAGAACUGGCUGCUGUACAGGAGGCCCGAAGUCAGGACAACAUCCCCAUCUGUAUUUCCAGAUGAGGCACCACCGGAUGGUUACACAUCCCUCUACCUCGGGCAAUCCUAGUAAUGGAGAUUCCUCCACGGGGUUCUGGUGACCUCAGCCCUGACAACAAGCAAACAACAGCCUGCAGCCAGUUUGCCAACUUCCUUUACACACGGAGAAACACAUAACAGAUGGGCCGUGUCUCUUGUCAUGGUCAACAAGAUGGCACAAAGAAACAAAUGAAAUCAGUAGCAUAAAUAGACCCCGAGUGAUACGGUUAGUGAUGGUUAGUUCUUCAUUUCCACCUGUUGUUCACCCUAAUCCGUAGCCAGAAUUAGAACGUGUGCAGUAAGAGGAAAACUGUGUGUGUGUUGUGCUGUGUGUACACAGAGAGGAUUAUCAGCGUUGUUUCUUUGUCUAGUUGAAGUUGAACCUAGGGGCCUGACAUGCGAGGCAAGUCAGCUCCAUCCACAGCCAUUUUCAGAUAAUGUCUCAUUAGGUUGAUCUGGGAGGCCUUUCAUUUAAGGUUACUCUGCUUCAUCCUCCAGAUCUUCCAGGAAAAUUGUUAUUAAAAACGAAAAACAUCCCUAGCUGGCCCUUACUGUUUGUCUGCUUCAACGAGGGGAGUGUC